UGGCGUCACUUCCGGCGGGGCCCGGCCGGCGGGGCGGGCGCCAUGUCCACCUCGCUGGGCUCCAACACCUACAAUCGGCAGAACUGGGAGGACGCGGACUUCCCUAUCCUGUGCCAGACAUGUCUUGGAGAAAACCCCUACAUUCGGAUGACCAAAGAAAAAUAUGGAAAAGAAUGCAAGAUUUGUGCCAGGCCUUUCACCGUGUUCCGCUGGUGCCCCGGGGUGCGGAUGCGCUUCAAGAAGACCGAAGUGUGCCAGACGUGCAGCAAGCUGAAGAACGUCUGCCAGACCUGCCUGCUUGACCUGGAAUACGGUUUGCCUAUCCAAGUCCGAGAUGCAGGACUCUCCCUUAAGGAUGAAAUGCCCAAAUCCGACGUCAACAAAGAGUACUACACCCAGAACAUGGAGCGAGAGAUAGCCAAUUCUGAUGGCACUAGACCUGUUGGUGCACUAGGAAAAGCUACUUCUACCAGCGACAUGCUGCUGAAGCUGGCCCGAACCACUCCGUACUACAAACGCAACCGUCCUCACAUCUGCUCCUUCUGGGUGAAAGGAGAGUGCAAGAGAGGGGAGGAGUGUCCCUACAGACACGAGAAACCUACAGAUCCAGACGAUCCUCUGGCUGACCAGAACAUCAAAGAUCGUUACUAUGGAAUUAAUGAUCCCGUGGCUGAUAAACUGCUGAAACGAGCAUCAACCAUGCCUCGUCUAGACCCCCCCGAAGACAAGACCAUUACUACACUGUAUGUUGGAGGGCUUGGAGAUACCAUUUCUGAAUCGGAUCUCAGAAAUCACUUCUACCAAUUUGGGGAGAUCCGGACGAUAACGGUGGUGCAGAGGCAGCAGUGUGCUUUUAUCCAGUUUGCCACCCGCCAGGCUGCAGAGGUGGCUGCUGAGAAAUCCUUCAACAAGCUCAUUGUCAACGGCCGCAGGCUCAACGUCAAGUGGGGAAGGUCCCAGGCAGCAAGAGGAAAAGAAAAGGACAAGGAAGGUACUACAGAAUCCGGGAUAAAGUUGGAGCCAGUUCCAGGACUUCCUGGUGCUCUUCCCCCUCCUCCAGCUGCAGAAGAGGAGGCUUCUGCAAAUUACUUCAACCUACCUCCAAGUGGCCCCUCAGCCGUGGUGAACAUUGCCCUGCCACCUCCUCCUGGCAUCGCUCCACCGCCGCCUCCAGGUUUUGGACCACACAUGUUCCACGCCAUGGGGCCCCCUCCUCCCUUCAUGAGAGCCCCAGGCCCCAUCCACUACCCCUCCCAGGACCCCCAGAGGAUGGGUGCCCACGCGGGAAAGCACAGCAGCCCCUAGCACGUCCUGCCACCCUCAUCCUUGAAGUAAAUGUUAUUUUCUAGUUACCAUGGUAGCACCAUAUGUUGAGCUGUGGGUGAGCUAGAGACGCCUUAUUCCCCUGCUUGCAGCCACGGGGCAAGCUGAGCUCCUGUGUCUCCGCUAGCUAAUCGGAUUGUUGGUAUGUCCCAGGUCUUUCUUUUAAGUGUUGGGGGUGGGUGGGGGACAGACGGGGCGGGGGGCUGUCUGUGGGUCAGGGGUACCAGAAUUACAGUGCUAUCUGUGUAUCCCAUUGGCACACUUUUGAAAUAAACUUCUGGAAAAACAGAACCAAACCCUUUGCAAGCCCAUUUGAUGUCCUUAGUGUGAACAUUAUGGGCUGUAACCAGAGACCCUUAUCUGUCAGGUAACUAAUGAUGUGCUAAUCUAAUGAGGUGUUAAACUAGGGCUGAAUAGGAGCUGAAAAACAAGCUCAUCAGAUGUUGUUGCCAUGGGCAAACCCAUGGCUUUGCCUUACACGGAGUUUUCCUCCCUCCUUCUUCCUGACUUCUGGCUUU